AAUUCGACAGGGGUAAUGCAGUCAAAUUGGGUCCAGAAACGCUCCCUUUAUUCCAAGUCGGCGGCUCAAUUCCCUUCGCCCUUCCGGGAAGGUUCUUUUCCUCCCCCUUUUUCUAAUCCCAAUCUCGUCUUACGCGCUGCAGAAAUUACAACAUUUUCGUGGAUCUAUUGAGAUCCUGGGCGUCGAGUUAUCGGCUCCAUCGGUUUCUUCUAGCCCCGGCGUUAACUGAUCCGGUGGCGGUUCUACGCUAGCCAACGGUCCGGCGUUCGGGAUUUGAUGAUCGAGGCGCUAGGAUUUCUACAUCGAGUUUGGGACUCCUGAAUCUUUACUGAGUGCUUGAUGGCGGAUGCCAGGCGGUUUUCGUUGACCCCGCAGCUUGAUAUUCAGCAGAUACUCAUUGAAGCACAACAUCGGUGGUUACGCCCUGCUGAAAUUUGUGAAAUACUUCAGAACUACAAGAAGUUCAAUAUUGCGCCAGAAUCGCCAAAUAAACCACCCAGCGGAUCUCUUUUUCUCUUUGAUCGCAAAGUAUUGAGAUACUUUAGGAAGGAUGGUCAUAAUUGGAGAAAGAAGAAGGAUGGGAAGACUGUGAAAGAGGCUCAUGAGAGACUAAAGGCUGGGAGUGUUGAUGUACUUCAUUGCUACUAUGCUCAUGGUGAAGAGAAUGAAAGUUUUCAAAGGAGGAGUUAUUGGAUGUUGGAAGAGGACCUGAUGCACAUCGUACUUGUUCACUAUCUUGAAGUGAAGGGUCACAGACCAAGUUCCAGCCGAAUUAGAGAUGAAGUUCUACAAGUUAACCAUAUUGAUAGUCCUGCAUCUUCUAAUUCCUUCACUAACCACAGCCAACUGCCAUCACAAGUAACAGAUGUCGAAAGCCCUAACAGUGUAUACAAUUUAGAGUAUGAAGAUGCUGAAUCAGCAGAUAAUCCAGCAAGUUCCAGACACCACACUUUCUCUGCGGUGCAGCAGUAUGAUAGUGGAAAAAUGAAGGGUCAGUUAUUGGACCCUUUCGAUCUUGAUCCUUCCAUAUAUAGUCAAGGUGAUCUUCAAGGACAGUACACAGAAUCAGCAUCACAAUUUUAUUCAUCUAUGCCGGAAAAUGUGAACAAAGAUUUGGAUGGAACAGGUUUUGAGUCUGCAUUUAUUGGAUCCAAAACACAGUUUGAUCAAGCUUCAUGGAAUGAAGUUCUGCAACAUGCAACGGCACAAAUGCCAUCUGAUCACAAUAACUUUCAAGCUACAGUAGAUGGGGAACUAUAUGCAGAUAAUGUCAACUUUAGGCUGGAUGUCUGCAGUGCUUUAAAAAAAUCUGCAAGGAAGAUCUCUGAUGAUGACACUGAUUCAGCUGUUACCAUAGAAAAUGAUGCAUCUGUAGGUGAAAGUUGUCAUCACUCUUACAUUUUAAAGCAAUUGUCAUUGGACCUGUCCAGUUUACAAGGUGAAGGUCUGAAGAAAUACGAUAGCUUCUCAAGGUGGAUGAGCAAAGAACUAGGGGAGGUUGAGGACACACAUAUAAAAGCCAGUCCCGUAGAAUACUGGAGCACUGUAGGAAGUGAUAUUGUUGUUGGAGAUUCUGACAUUACAAAUCAAGGGUCUGCAGAUGCAUACAUAAUGAGUCUUUCACUUUCACAAGACCAACUUUUCAGUAUAAUUGAUUUCGCGCCUAACUGGGUUCAUGCGGGAAUGGAGACUAAGGUUUUAAUUACUGGGAAGUUUUUAAAGAACAAUGAUAUUGAAAAAAUUAAUUGGUCAUGCAUGUUUGGGGAAAUUGAAGUUCCUGCAAAGAUUGUAGGAGAUGGAAUACUUAGCUGCAAUGCUCCACUGCAUAAAUGUGGAAGGGUUCCUUUUUAUGUGACCUGUUCUAACAGGCUUGCCUGCAGUGAAGUAAGAGAGUUUGAAUUCCGUGAAAGUGAUGGUCACCAUAUGGAGGAGGCAGAUGCUCAUAUUCAUAACUCAAAUGAAAUGUUUCUUCAUUUGCGUCUUAGUAAGCUACUCUCUCUGGGGCCACUUGAUUACCAAACCUUUGAUAUGAACAUCCUAGGGGAUUUUCAAGUUGAUAACCAGAUUAGUUCGCUUAAGUCAGAAUCUGAGUGGUCUAAUUUGAUUAAGCUGAGUGAAGGAAACGGGUUUUCUGCUGAAAAUGUGGAGGAACAAUUGCUCGAAACAUCAUUACAAGAGAGGCUGCAUAUUUGGCUUAUGAACAAAGUUGCUGAAGAUGGUAAAGGCCCCAACAUCUGGGAUGAGGAGGGUCAGGGUGUGCUACAUUUGGCAGCUGCGCUUGGUUACGAUUGGGCUCUAGAACCAACCGUGUCUGGAGGCGUCAACAUAAACUUCAGAGAUGCACAUGGGUGGACUGCCCUUCACUGGGCAGCAUUUAGUGGCAGGGAGCGUACAGUUGGUGCCCUUAUUGCAAUGGGCGCAUCACCUGGUUUAUUGACUGAUCCAACUCCUGAGUACCCUUCUGGCAGAACUCCUGCUGACUUAGCCUCCGCUAAUGGCCAUAAAGGCAUUGCUGGUUUUCUUGCAGAGUCAUCUUUGACCAGCCACCUUUCUGCCCUCACUAUUGAGCCAAAAAGCAAUGAAAUAUCAAAUUUGGGUACCUUGGCAGGUUCACGGGUUGAAGAACCUAGUUUUCUUGAGGUUCCAGAUGGGGACAUGCAGGCUGGGCUUUCACUCAAGGACUCGUUGACUGCGGUUCGCAAUGCUUCUCAAGCUGCAGCUCGGAUACACCAAGCCUUUAGAGUUUAUUCAUUUCACAGAAGGAAGCUUGCUGAGAGUGGAAAUGACAAGUCUGGAAUGUUUGAUGAGCGAGCAUUGUCACGUGUAUCUAUUAAGUCGCAGAAACCAGGACAGUCUGAUAUGCCUCUGCAUGCUGCUGCCAGUCGUAUUCAAAACAAAUUUAGGGGGUGGAAAGGGAGAAGGGAGUUUUUAAUAUUCAGGCAACGAGUGGUCAAGAUCCAGGCUCAUGUACGUGGUCACCAAGUGAGGAAACGCAUUAAAAGCAUUGUCUGGUCAGUUGGAAUCGUGGAGAAGGUUAUACUGCGCUGGAGACGGAAAGGGAGUGGAUUACGAGGCUUCCGAUCUGAAAGCCCUAUGGAGAGCACUUCCAUUCAAUGCCAACCAGCCAAGGAGGAUGAUUAUGAUUUCCUUCAAGAAGGCAGAAAACAGACCGAGGUUAGGAUGCAGAGAGCCCUCGCAAGGGUGAAGUCUAUGGUUCAGUAUCCCGAAGCUAGAGAACAGUACCAGAGACUUAUUACUGUUGUUACUGAAUUACAAGAAUCCAAGGCAAUGCAAGAAAACAUGAUGAAUGAGUCGGAGGCAGUGGCUGAGGAUUUCAUGGUUGAGCUUGAAGAGUUUUGGGAUGGUGACACACUCCUGCCCAACGCUUAACCUCGACCGAGUUGAACUAAAUUCGUGCGCCGAACACUAGCAUUUUAGACCCAUCUCAAGUUCAUUAACAGCUACUGUAAAUUACCCUCCACUAAUCGCAGAGUGCAUUAGCAUUUGGAUAUUGAAAGGAGAUGUAGAGUGACCUUUGACUGCUGUUUGUACCAUGGAAAGAAUUGGGAUGUAAAAUAUCUAGUUUGAAUAGCCAUGGAACAAGCCCAGUGCUGCAUAUUAGUUUAUUGUUUGAUUA